UUAAGGCGAGGGGAGUUUUGGCAUCUGUACUGUACAUGUCUCAAUGCGGCCUCAUCUUCUGUUUGCCCUAUACAAGAAGUGCUUCACUAGCGGCACUCAGAAUGCUAUCAUCAUCAACCGCCUUUUCACCAAACCCUAAUCUUCCCAUUAGUUCACUCCAUUGCACCAUGAAAGCCACCUCUGAACUACCUACAAAAGCCCCUAACUUUCCUUUCUUUUCUAACCCUAAGAUUACUAUUACCAAUUUACCGCAAAAUCUUGCACCCUCUAACUGUUUCUCUGCAACUGGAGCAACAAAUCCUGUUCCCAUUCUGAAGGCUAAUGCAUCGAGGAACGAGGAGGUUGAGGGUAGCGGUCUGAGCUCCGAAUCACAACUUGUGGUGGUUUCUUUCUACAAAUUUGCUGAUUUCCCUGACCAUGCUGAUUUGAGGAAACCAUUGAAGGAACUCUGUGAAAAACUGCGUGUUUCAGGCGGUAUUAUUCUUGCACCUGAAGGAAUCAAUGGCAGCAUAUGUGGUACACGGGAUUCAGUGGAAACUGUUCUUGCAUUCAUUCAAAGUGAUGAGCGUCUGAAGGGGCUUAGAUUGGUCGAGUCACCAGUGAGCCCAGAGGAAGAGGCUCUUCAUCAUGGACAUACGAGCAGCUCUCCUCUUGCAGCGGGUGAGGAUGCUCCCUUUAGGUGGGACCACGUGAGGGUAAAGCUCAAAAAAGAGAUAGUUACACUUGGAAUGCCUUCUGUUUCACCAAUUGAAAGAGUUGGCAAGUACAUUAAACCGACAGAGUGGAAUGCAUUGAUUAGUGAUCCAGAUGUUGUUGUGAUCGAUGUUCGCAAUGAUUAUGAAAUUAGAGUCGGGAAGUUCAAGGGGGCAGUUGAUCCUUGUACCACAGCAUUCCGGGAUUUUCCAUCAUGGGUGGAAGAUCGUUUUAAACUUGCUGAUUCAGGAGACAAGUUCGAGUCAUCUGGUUCUGUUGGAGCAUCAGAUAAGCUGACAAAGGAAAAUGGAAACAAAAAGGUUCCCCGAGUUGCAAUGUACUGUACAGGUGGUAUUCGAUGCGAGAAAGCUUCAAGUUUUCUCCUCGCCAAAGGCUUUGAUGAGGUGUAUCAUCUAGAAGGUGGGAUUUUAAGGUACCUGGAGGAAGUUCCCAAGACAGAGAGCCUUUGGGAGGGAGAAUGUUUUGUGUUUGACAAACGAGUUUCUGUUGAGCAUGGUUUGGUACAGGGAACAUUCAAACUUUGUUAUGGAUGCAAGAAACCAGUGAGCGAUGCUGAUAUGGAAUCCCCAGAAUGGGAGUAUGCCGUCUCUUGUCCGUACUGCUUUGCAUCAAAAUCUGAGGAAGAAAAGGAAAGGGCAAGAGCUCGACAAAGACAGUUCGAGAAAUGGGGUAUCAUUGGUGGUCCAGACAAGGGGAGCAGACCAGCAAAGACGGUGGAUAUCAAUGUGAAUUCUGCUACUCAGAUGUCAAAAUCGUUUUAGUCAUACUGGCGGCCUAAGAAUUGGACUUGUUUUGUACCAUUUUUCUUUUGGAGAGUGAGAUUUUCUAUCUUCUGUAGGAGAACUAAAAGUAACAUUUCUAUGAAUGGCAGUCACUGUUUUGAAAAUAAAUAAAGGUCACUAGUUUAAUUAAA